AUGGUAGCCAUCAACAUCGACGCCGUCCGCACCUACCUCGAGAGCCGCUCACCCCUCCCCAAGGGCGGCGGCCGUUCCAGCGGCGGCAGCCGCAGCUCCAGCGGCUCGUCACGGUCGUCGUCCAGCAAGAGCUGGAGCAGCAACAACAACAGCGCCAACCGGGGAUAUUACGGCGGCGGCGUUAGCGGAGGAGGUGGCGGCGGCGGUGGUAGCACCCUACCGGUCUGGGCCAUCGUGCUCAUCGUGGUCGGUGUGUUUGUGGCCAUCCUGCUGCUCGUAAUCUGCAUCGGCCGUCACAGGAAGAAGCGCGACGAGCGCGACGAACAGCUGAGGGAGGAGAACGAGGCCCUGAGGGGGAUCCCGUCCUCGCCCGUCGUCGGGGACUCGUACACCCACGCUGACGACGACGGCUACCGCAACGACGCUGCCGCGCCCAGCAUGAGCCACCGGAGCUCGGAUCCCGACUCCAUCAUGCCCGUGCAGCCGGCAUCGGCCGCCCUCGGCUCCAGUGCUGACUACUACGGCCCGCCCCCGCCACCUUAUACGGCGGCUGCCAAGGACAGGCCUCGAGUUGACUAG